CGGUGAAAAUAGCGAAAUUUUGGCGUGGUGUUGAGAAAAAUGAACGAUACAAUGGUGGAAGAAAUGGUGGAAAAUGUGAAAUAGAAGCACGUGUAACUUUGUAAUAAAGAUGUCGAAGAACAGCACUUACAACACAAGGAAAUGCCACGAAGUCAAUUCUUAAAAAAUGGGUCAAACCGUGGGAAAAUCUGAUAUAGGAGAGCUCGAAUUAUGUGAAAUUACAAGCUGUAAUUCUCUAAAGGAAAUCUAUAAACUCAGUUUGCCUGGAGUAAAUUUGGCAUCUGUGAAUGAGGCUGUUCUGAAAAAACUGACCAAUUUACGUGAACUUGAUAUUUCAAAUAACAAGAUAUCUAGUUUAGGCUUUCAUGGCAUCACAUUGGGAUUGUUGAAAGAACUCAAUUGUGCAUCUAAUAAUUUAACAACAGUUGAUGACUUUGCUUUGUUUCCUAACUUGGAGAUGGUUGAUGUUUCGAAUAAUGUCUCCCUUGAAGUGGUUGAUCGAUAUAAACUUGUCUCAAUGUUGCCAAAAUUGAAAGUCUUAGAUAACAUGGAUGUAUCAGUAAUGCGAGAAGCUGUGAAUAAACUUGAUGGCGACUUAGCAACCAAGGUAUCUGAGCAUUGGAACACUCAGUUUGAGAAUGCUUACAUUAAAUCAGAAAGUGAGAACUAUAAAGAGGAGAUUUUCAACAUGUUUAUCCAUUCAUUACAGACAGAUGUUGUAAUGGGACCUCCAGCUCUUAAAAAAUAUAGGGAAUAUAAGCAUCCUAAUUCUUUGAGUUUAUUGACUUCAGUUGACACUUCUUGGAAAGAACAUGCUUUGAAAAGAAGAAAUGACCAAAUGUUGGAUAUUAGGCCUUCCAAGGUUGUUAAGAUGUCACAAGACUCAGAGGAUGCUAUCUUUCAAUCACAGAACUAUAAACCUCAGUUCAAAUCAAAGAGGACUGGAAUAAACUUUGCACAGUCAGAAUAUCUUCUUUCCCAACUCUUGCAAACUCAUUCUUUGAAUAACGAUCCAAAUGAUAGGCACACGCAGGUCUGGGCUUGUGAGUUUCAGCCUGAUGCCAACAGUCCAGGAAAAACAACCACCCUUUGUGCAACUUGUGGAGGUGAUGCUGUUUGCUUUAUUGAAUGUAAAACUGGAGAAGACCAAAAGUACAAGCAACCAGGAGAUGUGUUUUACUGUCUUGCAUGGACAGUAGUUCCAGUGAAGGAAGCUUUCGGUGUACAGUACAGAACGGCUCUUGCUGUUGGCGGAAAGCUGUGUGAAAUUAAGAUUAUGCAACCUGAGGAUUUAGUUUGUUAUGAUAGCAUCGAGGCACACGAUGGUGCAAUACAAAGUCUACACUUUCACCCAACAGAACCAACAUGGUUAUUCAGUGCUGGCGAUGACAAUCAGAUAGUCUUAAGUGAACUGGGUUUCUCAACAUCCACCGCAACCAAUCCAAAAGCAAAUAUUCUCAUGAAAUUAAAAUGCUACGGUAUCUUACGAUCGCUUACAAUACCACGCCAUGGCGAAGUAUUAGUCGGUGGAGGUGACAAAGGAUGUAUAGUAUGGUCAAUUGCUGCUUGUGCUAAUAACAAAAGCGAAACUCCUCUUUACGAAUUGAAUUUCCCUGGAAAAAAGAAAGUUCCACUGGAUUGCGUUAAAUGUUUGAGUGAUCACGUGAUUGCUACAAAACGAAUUAAAGAACCGAUGAUUAUGUUGUACUAUUCUGAAUCAAGUUUCCAAAAGAACGACGCCUCUCCUUCUUUUCGUCUUCCAUGGAAAACAACCGACAUUCCGUUUCUCAAGUUCAACUUCCGUCCCGAUUGUGAUAUAUUUAUUGCCGGCGACGAUCUUGGGCAAGUGUGGAUGUACGACGUGAAUAGAUGUUUGUGCGAAUCGAGACAAGGAAAGAAACUUGAGGAAGUUAAGGAAACUCAGAAGUUGAGUUGUCCCAAUAGCACUGUAAAGACUUUUAAUCACGUGUGCUCUAGCUCGGAUAUGGACUAUGUCAUCGCAGUUGCCGAUAGCAACGUCGUGUCGAUAUGGAAGAGAUUAAAGCCCUCGCCCUGAUCUUCGGUUUAGUUUAAUUCUCACAAUGGAGCGCGAGGGAAAGAGUCUUUACGUGUAAUUUAAUCCAAAUUUUAAUUUUUAUUUACAUCCAAAGUCGGGUUAUGUGGUCAUCGCUUGUGAACAAUUGACAGCUACCAAAGGUUCAUUGUUGUUGUGUUUGUGUUGUUGUUGUAUUUGUGUUGUCUUGUUCGUUUGAUUUGAUUUCAGUUAAGCUCUUCAUGACAGUUAGACCACCUGAUCUCAUGUGAAAAAAAACUUUUAUUUCCGAAUGAGCUUGGACACGUAUCUUUUUAGCUGGUAAUUCUCUGCUGUAGCUAAGUUAUUUAAUCAUUUCAACCUAAUGAACAUCCUCAAUGUAUCGAUAGCUACUUUUACCUUUGAACGUGUUCAACGUAAUUUUACUUAAACUACUGAACAUCAAUAUAGUGGUGUUUUUAUCAUAGAAAAUCUUCAGCCUAAUGGUACUUACACAAAUAUACUUUUUCAAUGUUGUGGUA